AUGAGAAAGCUAUUUCUAAUUGCAGGUCUCUGUCUUUCCUUUGGCAGUUUGGUGUCAUCCACCAGACUGGUGUGUUAUUUCACUAACUGGUCCCAAUACCGUCCUGGCAAUGGGAAGUUCAUGCCUCUCAAUAUUGAUCCAAACCUGUGUACCCACCUGAUCUAUGCCUUUUCUGGUAUUAACGAGGCAAACGAGUUGGUCACCAUAGAAUGGAAUGAUGAUGUACUCUAUACAUCCUUUAAUGGACUCAAACAGAGGAAUCCAAAUCUUAAAACACUGUUGGCAGUCGGAGGCUGGAACUUUGGAACACAAAAAUUUACAACAAUGGUGUCAACACAAGCCAACAGAAAUACAUUCAUCCAAUCUUCUAUCAAACUACUGAGGAAAUAUAGUUUUGAUGGACUUGAUUUGGACUGGGAAUACCCUGCUGGAAGAGGAAGUCCUCCGGAAGACAAACAAAGAUUCACAGUGUUAUGCAAGGAACUCCUAGAGGCCUAUCAGUCUGAGGGAACAGCAACUGGCCGGCCCAGAUUAUUGGUUUCUGCUGCUGUGGCUGCUGGGAAAGGAACCAUUGAUGCUGGUUAUGAAAUCACAGAGAUGGCAAAGUACCUAGACUUUAUCAACGUGAUGACGUAUGACUUUCAUGGCACCUGGGAGACUGUGACAGGACAUAACAGCCCCUUAUACAAGGCAGCCCGUGAAACAGGGGAACAAGUUUACUUAAAUACUGACUAUUCCAUGAGAUAUUGGCGAGACAAGGGAACACCUGUAGAAAAGCUAAAUAUGGGCUUUGCUACAUACGGAAGAACAUUUCAACUGUCUAGUCUAUCCAGUGUGGUUGGAGCACCAACCAGUGGUCCAGCUGCUGCGGGUGCUUUUACAAGAGAGUCUGGCUUCUGGUCCUAUUAUGAGAUUUGCACUUUUCUUCAAGGGGCCAGUGUCCACCUGAUUGAGGAUCAGAAAGUUCCAUAUGCGGUCAAACAAAAUCAGUGGGUUGGAUAUGACAACAAAGAAAGUUUUGCGACUAAGGUCCGUUACCUAAAGGACAACAGAUUUGGAGGAGCUUUCGUCUGGGCUCUGGAUCUGGAUGACUUUAAUGGACAGUUCUGUAACCAGGGAAACUACCCUCUCAUCAGCUAUCUCCGCUCUCUUGUAGCCCCAGAUCUUCCUCCUCUUCCCACUACAGGAACCAACCCAAAUCUAGUGACUCAGACAUCAGACAAAAAACCAAAUGAACCUCAUACCAUACCUCAUCCCAGACCAACAAUCACUACCAACCAAGACAACUUCUGUGCUACAAAGACUGGUGGGGUUUAUUCCAAACCUGAUGCCCCAGGUUCCUUUUACAAUUGUGCCAAUGGCAUCACCUGGAUCCAAAACUGCCCAGCUAAUUUGGUCUUUCAAGAUAGCUGCAAAUGCUGUAACUGGCCCUAA